GGACGGGGACAGCCAUGUUUUUAAGUGGUGGUUUCGAGUGUGAUGGGAGUGCGCGAGCCGUGCCGCCUUCGAAUCACAUCGGCUCAGCGCUUGACUCGCGCUCUGAACAUCCCUGCCAAGAGUGCCGAUACGACAGUCUUCGGCGCCAUGCAUGCCUCAGUCCGCCGGACGAGCCUGGCAGCUGGUGUUGCACUGCGGCUGUUGCAGGACGGAUCCCCGUCGAUCACACUCCACGAGGUGAGGGACCUCCGGCUCGAAAAAGCCGCCUACGGGUGCUCCCUGGCCGCCUGGGACACCCGGCUGCGCCAAUUUCGCGCUGUCCGCGCAGCCCCUGCUGUCCUGCGAAGUGCCGGCGGACGGGUGCGCAGCUGGAGCACCCCAAUCCAAGUUCAUCUCAUUCAGGAUACAUGGCGCAGAAUUCAGGCAUGUGAGGAGUUUAUUGAAGCUUGCAGUAUUUGGUUGACAGUCUUUCCAUUCAUCCGCGUUCGUCGGUCGCACGUCACCCGCGUUGAGUUCGAUGGUAAUCAUACACAGUGCAAUUGUGCGUGUCAUCGCACAACUGGAAGGCUGCGUAUUCGACCCGGCGUCCCAUGGUGGCCAGGGUCGACGCAUGUUUCUGGUUUCAUGGCAGCUUCGGAGCAAGCACAGUAUGAUCAGGAAGGCUGUACAAGAUGACAUAGGCGGCUGUAACGCGUAGGCGCCUCUGAUCAAAAAAGGUUGACCUGUUACCACGGGAUAGGAGCCACGACUCAACAGUGUUACACAACGCGAGAAUCUUUCGUCGAAAAAGUUGGCAGCCAAUGGAUUGCACCUGUGAGUACAUGCUGAUUAGCAACCAUAUCUUCACUAUGUCGAAGAAGGUAAACGGACACAAAAGUUGAAUCAGAUAGGAGCGAAAGACAUUCGAAAGUUUGUUUCCGCAGUAGUCCUUAGACCAUCGGUUGAACUAUGCUUUGAAAUUUGAAUCAUCAUAGAAGGAGGCGCGGAGAGUGCAGAGAAAAGAAGGGCUCACCUUAACGACCAGGUCGCAUAAGGAAGCUUCCAAGUUCCUGCCAUCGUCAACGCAUACU